AUGCGCUUGUGCUCGCGGGCGAUGGGAGCUUCGAUUCGUCGAGGAUGAGCUCUCUGGAUCGCUCGUGGUGAGAUUUUGCCGCAUAUUUUGCCAGCGCCAGGGACGGGAUGUGUGCAUCUGGUGGUGUUCUUCCCACAGCGACGCUCUCUUGCAGCAGGACUUACGCGCUCUUGCCGGCGAGGAGAACUGCCCGGCCGGGUCUGCGCCAUGCGAAGCUGCUCGUCGCGGAGCUGCGAAGCCGUGAGUGCUGCCAUAGCCAUCGUGGGCGCGGAGGGUUACAGGCAACAGCUUGUUCUUCGUCUGCCGAUCCAGGGACAGGGAUUCCCAAUCGUUCUCAGCCGCUGCCUCUAGAGAGGGACGUCCAGAUUGACCAGCUCCAGGCGUGGUUUUGUCACGGUAGAACUUUCCUGCUAUGCAGCGGGAUCUUGUGGAUGGUAUGGAACGGCAAGGCGAGUCCAGCUUAUGGAGCAGUCGCGGCGGUGGAUCUGGCAGGAAAAUCGAGAGCUCUUCUACAGGGUGCCUGGCCCAAGAUCUUGCAAGUUUUGGGCGUGCUCAAGGAACAAGGACUUUUGCUAUCGGUUCUCCUCGGACUGUCGGCGUUCUUCUCCAUGUCCGAGACGGCGAUCACGACGCUGUGGCCCUGGAAGGUCAGGGAAUUGGCUGAGAAGGAGAGUGAGGGAGGCGUGUUCCAGCUGCUGCGCCAGGACGUGACGCGGUUCCUCACGACCAUUUUGAUUGGCACUACAAUCGCAAACAUCGCUGCGACGGCCCUCGUGACUGAUGCUGCCACGGCUCUUUUCGGUGAAGCCGGAGUCACUGCAGCCACUGGAGUUAUGACGGUGGUUGUGCUACUACUUACGGAGAUUGCUCCAAAGAGUAUAGCGGUGCAUAAUGCCACUGAAGUCGCCCGUUUUGUAGUCCGUCCUGUGGCAUGGUUGUCAGUGGUUCUGUAUCCAGUGGGACGGAUAGUCACCAUUCUUUCCACAGCGAUGCUGAAAUUUUUUGGCCUCAAAAGCAGUGGCGAGCCGUUUGUUACAGAGGAAGAGCUUAAACUUAUGCUGCGAGGGGCAGAGUUGAGCGGUGCUAUUGAAGAGGAAGAACAGGAUAUGAUAGAAAAUGUCUUGGACAUUAAAGAUACAUACGUUCGGGAGGUAAUGACUCCCUUAGUCGACGUUGUGGCCAUUGACGGGGGUGCGACUUUGAUGGAAUUCCGAAAUUUCUGGGUGAAGCACCAGUACUCAAGGGUUCCCGUGUUUGAACGUCGUGUUGAUAACAUUGUAGGAAUAGCUUAUGCUAUGGAUAUGCUUGACUAUGUAGAGCAGUCGGAGCUGUUGCAGAAAAUCACGGUGGCAAGGGUUGCUCAUAGGCCAGCUUAUUUUGUUCCCGAUUCGAUGUCCGUAUGGAAUUUGCUGAGAGAAUUUCGUAUUAGAAAAGUACAUAUGGCUAUUGUGCUGAACGAGUAUGGUGGCACCGUUGGGAUUGUAACACUGGAAGAUGUUGUUGAGGAGAUUGUUGGAGAAAUUUUUGACGAAAACGAUUCCAAGGAAGAGAUACGACGAAAGACGGGCUAUGUAGUCCAAAGAGCUGAAGGUGUAUUUGAUGUUGAUGCUAAUACAUCAAUCGAGGAUCUGUCCGAGGCUUUGCAAGUGAAAUUCCCGGAGGAGCACCACUAUGAAACCGUCUCUGGAUUCGUCUGUGAAGCAUUCGGCUACAUUCCACGAACAGGAGAGAGCAUUAAAGUGGUUCUAGGAAAGCAAGACCCGGAAGAAAACCAAGAGGGGGAAACAGAAAACCAAGAAGAAAAAAAAGAAAAGUUUCAAACUUACAAACUCGAGAUUUUAGCUGGCAACGCUAGGAAAGUUGGUGCGACGCGCUUUGAGGUGCUGGAUUCAUCAAAGUCCAACGAAGACGUAGCUCGUCCGCUGCCUCGUUUCGUGAGGCGUGCCUGGGAGGAGCAGUGCGAGGCGAAUGACUCGGACAAGGUUGCCAUAAUCUGGGACGGCAAGACGGUUCCUUGCGCCAAGGGAGACAACGAGCUUUGCAGCACCGAGGACUCGGAAUCGGAGGAGAACGGGACCAACAACGCGAUCGAGGUGGUUUCCUCGGACGUGAUCGAGGCCGUGGAAUGGACAGUGACGAGCAGAGAUGGCGAGAACGAGAACGAGACUGAUAUCGAGGAACUGGAGCCUUCAAACGCGAUGGAGAGAUAUAUCGAUCGAAGGCGGCAGAGACGAAGGAAGCAAGCGCUGGAAGCCACUGCCGAGCUCACCAGGCAGAGAAAGCUCGAGAUCCAGCGAAAAAAAGAGGCCGAGAGAACGAUGCUAAGCUCGAGGAAAUCCGUGAAGAACGAAAAAUCGGGUGAUACUAAGGAUAGUUUUUAAUGAAGGCUCAUUCCCGUUCGUGGUA